AUAUUUCUUCUUCUUCUUCUUCUAUAUAAUAACAUCAAUGAUAAAUCAACACUUUUCAUAGCUAACUUCUCAGCUCAGCUGAAUCAAUAUACAACAUACAUUAUUAUACACGUACACUGUCGUUUCAUUGCGAAAACGACGUCGUUUUACCCAAUCAAUCACCGUCGACAUGGUACAGCUGCCGCGUUUCCUUGUUCUCGCUUUCCCGGUGCAAGGCUGUAUCAACCCGUCUUUAAACCUCGCCAAAACGCUCACUCGCCUCGUACCCGGCGCACAAGUCACCUUCGUCACCAGCGUCCACGCCCACCGUCUCAUGACGAUGAACAAAGGAUCAUCAAGUUCCGGUUACGACAGCGUCUCGUUCGCCCCGUUUUCCGACGGCUUCGACGACAACUUCACGCCCGUAAAUGGCGAACGCCAUUUAGAAGAGUUCAGGCGCCGUGGUUGGCAAGCCGUGGGGGAGAUCCUAGAGUCCGGGCGCAAAGAAGGUCGUCCGUACACUUGCUUGGUCUACACCUUUCUUCUCUCUUGGGCUGCCGACUUGGCGGCGGAGCAUAACGUUCCGGCAGCCAUGUUUUGGAUGCAACCGGCGACUGUGUUUAAUAUUUACUAUUAUUACUUUCAUGGGCACAGAGAAAUCGUUCGUGAUAAUAGUAAAAACCCUUCUUUUUCGUUAUCAUUUCCUGGUGUUCCACUUGCCAUCACCAUCAAGGACCUUCCUUCGUUCAUGGAUGAGUCAACUGCGAACACUUAUUUCAUCAGAUUUUACCAAGAAAUGUUCGAAGAUCUCGAGAAAGAAAAUACCAACACGAAAAUAGUAUUAGCAAACACCUUCGAUGAGUUGGAGCCUGAGGCGAUAAGAGCAACCGGUAAACUAAAUUUGAUCGGAAUUGGGCCACUGGUUCCGGCUGAUCAGGCCGAGAACAAGUCUCUGUUUCAAGGUGAUCUUUUCAAGGAAUCAUCUCGAGACUACAUCGACUGGCUCAACACCAAGCCUAAAACGACAGUCGUUUACGUGUCGUUUGGGAGUAUUUCGGUUUUGUCAAAGCAACAAAUGGAGGAAAUGGCUAAAGCGUUGCUGGAAUUCGGUCGUCCGUUCUUGUGGGUCAUCAGGGAGAAAAGUGACCAAGGCGACGACGAAGAAGACGAUGAGUUGAGUUGCAGAGAAGAGUUGGAAAAGCUUGGAAUGAUAGUGCCGUGGUGUUCUCAAAUGGAGGUUUUGAGUAACGAGUCAAUCGGGUGUUUUGUGAGUCACUGUGGCUGGAACUCGACGUUGGAGAGCUUGGCUUCUGGUGUUCCGGUGGUGGGGUUUCCGCAGUGGGUGGAACAAGGGACAAAUGCUAAGCUGAUUGAGGAAAUGUGGAAAACAGGGGUGAGAUUGAAGCCCAACGAUGAAGAUGGAAUCGUUAAAAGUGAAGAGAUCAAGAGGUGUUUGGAGUUGGUAUUAUUGGGAGGAAAGGAAAAUGGAGUGGAAAUAGUAAAGAAUGCAAAGAAAUGGCAGAAUUUGGUUAAAGAAGCUACGAGGGAAGGUGGUUCAUCCAAAAAGAAUUUCAUGGCUUUUCUGAAAACGUUAUGAAUUGAUAAAAAAAAAUGUCUUGAUUUAGAAAUGAUUAAUCAUGAUUAUUAUUUGGUUUUCAUUAGGAUAAAUGUAUUAAGGUUAUUGUCUUCCGUAAAGAAGAAAGUGUCACUUUGCACUUAAAAAGGAAUAAAGUAUGUAAUGUUGUAGUUUCUCAAUUGAA